UAAAUCAAAUGAGAUGUGAGCUGCAAGAGCAAAAGCAGCGUAAGCGUUUCCUCAAAGAGCUGCACGUCAAGCGUGUACAGUCCUUGCGAAAGGAAUUGGAUUAUCUGAAGGCAACCGAGUGGAGAUAUCAGCCUAUAGAUCGGUACUUGGAUAGAAAUCAGAGAACCUAAAUAUGCUGUCGCUAAUCUAUAGUGCGAUUCAGCGUACGUUAAAGUACCUAUAUGCCGAUGAAACGGAAGAUAUAAAUGAAGUAAUAUCUCGCAUAGAAGCUAAGAGGCAGCGAAAUGUAAGUGCAAAGCCGGAGGAAGCACUGAAUGGGGAGGGAUGCUAUUACAGGACGGGAAGCAUUACUAAAGUCGCUACGGAUUACGUCCUCAUAGAUGAUAAUUAUAUGUACGAAAAAAACGAUGAUCUCAGUAUCAAUCUGAAAGUAGGCGAUAAGGUUUACUACUUGGCGUAUCUGCGCGAUCCCAACGCGGAGCCGAAAAUACGAAAAAUCAUUAGUGUGUUAGAUGACGAGUCCUGGGACGCCGUACACGUGAAAACGAAGAGAGCUGCUCACAAUCAAGUAAUACCAAGAAGCAUAAUUGCCAGGGUGACGAAACGCGAGGGCCGCAUUGCUAUCGUCGAGCCGAACAACGUUCGUAUCGACUUGAGCAAGGUGCAGUCCGACUUUAUUCCUUUGAUUGGCGACUGGCUGAUACUGGAAUCGUUGGUCGAACUGAGUAACAGCUCUACGGAUUUGAGCGGUGAAAUCUUGGAGGUGGACAGAAUUAAGCCGUUGCGAUCUAAACUGGAUGUUGGUGUGAUCUCGAAAUACGAUCUUGACGUGGGGAUAAUCGAUAGGCAGAUUAUAUUUCACAAACAAGCGUGCGAGCCGGGUUACAUUCCUUGCAUCGGUGACAAAGUAGUGAGCGAUAGCAUAGAGAGCGAUCAAGGACAGUACACCUGGAGAUCAAUAACUGUAGUUCCACUGAAUCAGGCAGCGAACAAAUCGUCACGGUUACCAGCUAUAAGCAAUCUCCAUCUGGCACUAUCGAACACAAAUGACUUGCUAGAAAACAAAAAUGAUAUUGUUAUAGAUGACGACUUAAAAUUCACUUUAAAUAUAGAAGAAGAGAGUGUCUUAAUAGUUAUGAUACAAAAUAAUAGCAGCGAUACUCACAUAUUGCAAGGUGGGUCUUUUCUGCCGCAAGAGACUCCAUCUCAACUGUCAUUGGUGGUACCAGAUAAUACGGAUGAUGAUGCAAUGAUGAUAAAUCCUUCGGAAAAUGUUAUGUUCACGUUCAAGUGUAAAGCAAAAUUCGUCGGUAUAUCUGAGGAGCUCUUUAUCUUUAACUUUAAGGACUUCAAGAUCGGUAGAUUGUUUCACAUAAUAGUUAAUGCGAAAGAUAUUCCACGAAAAACGGAUCCCACAUCCGUCACGCAAAACAAGAGCCAACGACUCAAUAUGUCUGACUUGGAUGAGUUGAACGAAGUCACUUAUAUCCCCGGCGUAAAACCGUGCAAGCCACCUGCGUUUAUUAAAGUGCGUAGCGGUAUGUUUAAGGUACCGCGAUACAUUUGGAACGCGGUUUUAAGCACUACGAGCGAAAAGAAGUCGCAGAUGGAGUGUGAAAUAGCUGUGGCCGAUCAGAUACCCUGCCUCUUAAAAUCGCUUUCCUUCGCAACGUACAAGGAUCAUUUUCACACGUUACUGUACCUAGAGGAAAUAGCGCAAACGCUCAAUCUGCAACAGUACAGCAUGGAAAGCGCAAUUAUGCGACGAUACAAGGAUUAUCUUGUACUUCAAGUGCCAGGAUUGGCGGAGAAAAGACCUUCUCUGCUCGUUGGCGAUAGAGCUGUAGUCUCUUUUCAGUGGGACAGCUCUCAAGGGAAACUAAAAUACGAGGGCUUUAUUCACCAAGUCACGAGCUCCGAAAUCUUCCUCAAGUUUAAUGAGAAGUUCCAUCACGAUUACAACAAUGAAGAUUGUCAAGUGACGUUUAAGUAUUCGCAAACUACCAUGAAUCGUUAUCACGAUUCUGUUAAUCUAGCUAUCAAUCGUCUCCGGGCUGAUCUCCUGUUUCCGACCAAAGUGCUGCAGAAAGAGCCGCAAUUUCACUUGGAAGAGUGCGAGAUCGAAGAGAAGCCCACUCGCACGCGAAUUUCUGAUAAACGUAAUAACUCGACGCUUAACAAUAAUUUUAGCUCCUCCAACAGUAUUGCUUCUGAAAGCGACACGUCUGAUAACGUAAUUAAAAUGUCUCCGAGAGUGUCGGUAGCGGAAAGACUUUUCAAUGUUAAACCCAUCGAGACGUUGUCCGAAGGGACGAAGAUAUCAGCGACGCGAGUGGCAACAAAUCCGAAUCAGAAGACGAAUUUAAUGAAGAGCGACAGUAAAACUGACGUUGCUAGUACCACAGUUACAAGAGAGACAAAUCAAUCAAUCGCUAAAACUGACAAUGAGUUAGAGCCGUACAUUACUCAAAUAAAGAAACGGAAAUUAAACUGGUUCAAUGAAAAGCUGAACUACUACCAACGAGAGGCUGUAAGAAACAUAUUGAAAGGAUUGGGGCGCCCGCUACCUUACGUCAUAUUUGGUCCGCCCGGAACAGGAAAGACGAUGACCUUGUGCGAGGCGAUCCUACAAAUUGUAACUGUAAUACCUGAAAGCAGGCUUCUCGUAGCGACGCCGUCGAAUAGCUCAGCCAACCUGAUAGCAGAGCGCUUGUUGGAGAGCAAUGUACUUAAGCCCGGUGAUCUGGUGCGAUUGAUAGCUUAUCAUUGCUUGUAUGACGGCUCAAUUCCCGAGAGAUUGUUGCCGUACUGUGCUACGGCAGACUUGGCCGCAGAGGGUACGCACGAGCGUAAACAUCAUCAGGAGGAAGGGCCGAAGAUGAACUGUACCAUGUCCGUUCUCGGUCGUCAUAGAAUUACUGUCGGCACGUGCAACGCACUGGGAAUACUGUACAACAUGGGUUUCCCACGCGGUCAUUUCUCGCACGUUCUAGUCGACGAAGCCGGCCAGGCGACCGAGCCCGAGAUCCUGAUUCCCUUGAAUUUUAUUCAUUCAGAUUACGGCCAGGUGAUUCUCGCGGGUGAUCCGAUGCAGCUCGGACCGGUUGUGCAGAGUAAGCUCGCGCAGCAUUUUGGACUCGGUGAAUCGUAUCUGUCGAGGCUGUUGCAUCAGUUCCCUUACCAGAGAGAUCUGGAAGGCUUCGAGGCCGGCUACGAUUCCAGACUUGUCACGAAACUCAUUAUAAACUACCGGAGCCUACCAGAAAUACUGGAUUUGCCAAACUCGUUGUUUUACGAAUCCGAGUUGCAGUCGCACAUAUCGCCUACGAAGAGCGAGGAAGCUGAGCUGUUGGAAGCGCUGAGGGCAGAAUUGCCCACGAGAGACCACGGAUCACCGCCGGCCAUAGUUUUUCACGGAGUUAAAGGAGAGAAUUACAGAGAUUCUGAGAGCCCAAGCUGGUACAAUCCCCAAGAAGCGACGCAGGUGUACCUUUAUUUGUUAAAAUUAUACCAAUACGGACUCGAGCCAGAUGACAUAGGAAUUAUAACUCCUUAUCAGAAACAGGUACUGCAAAUCAGAGAUUUGUUGUUAGAGAUAGAUAUGAAAUUACCGAAAAUCAGCAGCGUGGAAGGAUUUCAAGGCCAAGAGAGGAAAGUAAUCAUUCUCUCGACCGUCAGAUCGUGUAACAAUCUAAUUGACGACGAUAUUAAGCAUGCCUUAGGAUUCGUCGCUUCACCCAGGAGGCUCAACGUUGCGAUCACUCGCGCACGCGCUUUGCUCAUUAUUUUGGGAAAUCCCGAAUUACUCGCCUUGGAUCCGUACUGGAGGAGCGUUUUGAUAUACUGUAUCGAUCGCGGUGCAUACACGGGAUGUAAUUUUUUACCUUCGUAUAUAACAGAUCUGCAGAAUGUAGAAUAACGCUUUGUAAUACUCGAAUAACAACCUGUGAUUCUCCUUCCAAAACUUUAUUAAAUUUGUAGUGAGUCAAACAUUUUUCUGUGUAAAUAUUAAGGUUUUUUUUUAUGAAACAGUUGGCUCUCUUAUUUUUAAAUAGAUUAUUUUAUUAAUGAAAAAUAUAUAUCCGUGAAUUAACUGACGAUGUAAUUUUUUUAGACUGGAAAUGCGUUGAUGGAAAUGUGUGAAACAUUCGUGUAUGACAAAUAAAUACAAUAUUUUCUUUU